UCGUUGUGUCGUUGUCGGUCCGUGACCCGUCAGUGACGUGCAGAGAGAGGGAGAGAGAUGUUAGAGCAUCACAAACAUUAAGCCCAACAUGAUGUGAGACGCUUCUCACCCUAAACAUGUGUGAAGGGUUUUAGAGGUUCGACUUCAGCAAACCUCUCUGCAAUUAGAUAAAGGCUGUUGAACAUUUGCGUGAGAAGAACUGAAGAACGCGCGCGACAAAGGCACGUCUCAGCGCAGCUCCUGUUUUCUACAGCUUGUGCCCUCUGCUGCUGACGUGAAAGAUGAGUUUGUGUGGCAGGAAGGCACUGACACUCCUUAGCAGUGUGUUUGCUGUGUGUAGUCUGGGACUGCUGGGUAUUGCUGUCAGCACUGACUACUGGCUCUACCUGGAGGAGGGGGUCAUCUUGCCUCUCAAUCAGAGCACUGAAAUCCGUAUGUCUCUCCAUUCAGGGCUCUGGAGGGUCUGUUUUCUUGCAGAGUCACCAGCUCCAGCUACAGUGUUACCAACUGGUGAAUCAGGAGAGGAGAAGGGGCGCUGCUUUACAAUAGAGUAUGUGAUGCCCAUGAACGUUCAAAUGACGUCAGAGUCUACGGCCAGCGUUCUGAAAAUGAUUCGCUCUGCUACUCCUUUCCCACUGGUUAGUCUAUUCUUCAUGUUCAUUGGCUUUGUGCUGAGUAAUAUUGGACACAUCCGCCCUCAACGCACUAUUCUGGCUUUCAUCUCUGGAAUCUUUUUUAUCUUGUCAGGUCUGUCCCUGGUGGUGGGUCUGGUCUUGUAUAUAUCCAGUAUUAAUGAUGAGAUGCUAAACAGAACAAAAACAAAUGAAGCUUAUUUCAGUUAUAAAUAUGGCUGGUCUUUUGCUUUUGCUGCAGUCUCCUUUCUGCUUACUGAGGCAGCAGGUGUAAUGUCUGUGUACCUGUUUAUGAAGCGGUACACUGCAGAGGAGAUGUACAGGCCACAUCCAGGUUUCUACCGACCUCGCCUCAGCAACUGUUCUGACUACUCUGGUCAGUUCCUGCAUCCAGAUGCCUGGGCUCGUGGACGCAGCCCCUCAGACAUCUCCAGUGUAGCAUCCCUUCAAAUGAAUUCCAACUACCCUGCGCUCCUCAAGUGUCCUGACUAUGAUCAGAUGUCCUCAUCGCCCUGUUGAGAUUGCAAAUACACAAUAGUGAAAUCUGAGAAUGAGAGAUCUAGCUAGUUCUUAAAGAUGCUGUACUGGCAUGGCUUUGGCACCUGAGAUUGUGUUGUGUUUGGGUAGAGGAUAAACUUUAUUUCCUUGUCUUCGAGAGCCUUCAGUACUAAUGCAGUGAUUCUGAGUUUAGUACAUCAGAUGAUAGUAUCAUUUUCUCUGUUAUUUGUAGUUUACCACACUGAUGUGUAGCUAAUAGUACCUCUGCCUUUUUCUUAAAAGUCAGAUUUUUUUAGAUGAAUUUUAUUCAAACUGUCAGUUGGUUUUUAAUCAAAACUGCAGCUUUAAUUGAAAACAGAUGCAUGUUUUAUAGAAAAAUAGAGAACUAGAAAUUAUGGUAUAAAAUAAGUAUUUAAAUGAUUAUAUUUAUUCAUCAUGCUUAUUAAAGCACAUACUCAAUGAGAAGACACAUGCUAAUGUGACUCAACAUUAAUCUUGUUUCUGCCCUUAUGCACUUUAAGAAAGUAACCAUAACACAGAAUUUAAAUAUAUUGAUAUUUUAUAUUAUUGUUAUGUGUUGUUGUGUCACUGGUGAGACUAGCUGUGGUCUUUUGAUUAAGAGGCAUUUUGUGUUUGAUAUGAAUGUUAACAUUAUUGUAGUUUUAUUGUUUAUGAUUGUUUUUUUGUUUUUGUUUGCUAGUGCUUUACAUUCUGAUCUAAUCAGAAGAUCAACACAUCAGUGAUGCAGUGAUUUUUACAAGAAAAACAUUCUGUUAUUAUUGAUUGUUUCACUGUUUAUAUAUAUUGUAGAAAAAAUAAAUGUAAGGAAAAUUCUACGUAUGUUUUAUAACCAAUUUCUCCACUGUAUGUAUAUAAUCCAUAAUAUGUUUUUGCUAUGAUUUGAUACAAAAUAUGUAGAGUAAUUACAAUUUCCCCGCUUGAUAAAAUGUUAAAGCAGCAGCAUUUUUUUUUUUUUUUUGCCUUAUACAGUAGUUGACCUAUUGUACUCUUACAGGUUUCAGCAUAAAUU